UCGAAGCCAGAGCGGCGCGUCGAGUUUUUGAGCGAAACUCACAAUUAGAAAUGGACGUCCGAGACUGGAGUCUGGAUUUGAACAGCGACGCGAGUUCAAAGCAUCCCGCUUCCCGGACCGAAGGCAAGUCAGCGGCGCAUCCCAGCGUGCGGGCCGAAGCGACUGGACUCAAGAGUUGCACUUCUCGGUGUUUUGCCAGGGAAGCGAGGAUGAGGCUGGAUUUUUUAAAGUUGGGAUCUAAUUGUCAAGUUUCCUCCCGGGCCGAGGAUGCGGAGACGCUCGGUGAUGAAAUUGAAAAAGAAAAAGACCCCGGAACGCAAACUGCUUUAGACUUGGUGGAGCUUCUCGAAUUCACGGAUGAGGCCGAGGAUGACGAGAGCUGGCUGUACGAGGCUCCCAAAAGGCAGAUGUCAGCGGACGAGUCGCCUCUGAGAUGGUGCCGACACGUCCUGGACAAUCCGAGUCCUGAGACCGAGGCCGCAUCGCGCUCACUUAUGAAUAAACUACGGCAAAAAUCAAGCAGUUCCUACGGAAGCGUCUUUUCCAGACAGCCUGCCGUGCGACGUCACGCUGACGGUGCCUCUGUGGAUCCUUAUGAUGGCCAAACAUCUGCCAACACAACACAAGACACCGCUGACACUUUCGAUAAUAGUGAUCUGCGUACGCCCUGUGAGUCCAUGACCACCAGCUACAAAUUGCAGGACAUCACAGACGUUCACCUCAUGGCCCGGAUACAAGAGGACAGUUUACGACAGGACUACAUCUCCGUGCCCGCCUGUGUUUCAGAAAGAAAAAGUCUGGAGCCACAAGUUAGACUUCGCCAGCAAGUCACCCAGUUCAAGUUGCUUAAAAGAGCUCAGAAUCGAGCAGCCAGGACAGAGCCCCCCUUGCGGACCAGCCUUCGUUCCCUGCAGGCUCUGAGAAACAGCCGAAGUUUGGACACCGACGACUGCCUGCCGACUCAUCAGACAUCGGACACAGAUCUUCCAUCAGCGUCCGCAAACUCCAUCGAGCGUCCGCAGCGGGCGAGAGGCUCGUCGGCGCAGAAGACGGUCACGAGGGACGUGCGGAGGUCUCAGUCGCUCAGCCCUCGCAGGGUUCCUCAGCGCGCCAAGAGAAUUCUGUGGAACGCGUGCGUUUAUGCCUCACCUGAGAGGUCGGCCGCCGCUUGGGGCGGCGAUUCGCCGACGACGCGAAGGUGAUCGCCCUCAGCGGAGUCAACGAGAUUAGGUUGACGUAUAAGUGGAAAAAUAAGAAAGGAGCUAAAUAUGGAUAUACAUUUUUUCAACUUUCUCAAAAACUGUGACAUAUGUAGUGUAUUUUCCCAAUUACCUACAUGGCCAUAAUGACUGCAACGUCUGUUUAGUUUACGCUGAGACGUGUUUUUGUGUCAUGGACAACUUCGAGAUGUUUAAACUCAGCGGGUCCCACGAGGUCGGCGGGUUUCUCCAGUUUAACCCCCGCCACGGUCAGAUUUUUCGCAGUAUCCUGCCUGAUCUCACGGAAUAACGUGUCCCUGCACAAAACUGCAUUCCAAUCUGUGUUCUGGUCACGACACGUGGCCUCUCUCUACAAAUGGCGCCAAUCGUGACUUCAGAUUCCAGAUUUGAACAACUUGAUCUUUUUUGGUUUACUUUCUGGUUCGUUUGUUUAUGGAGCUGCUGAUUGGAUGAGAGCUGGAUGCUAAUUGCAACAACGUGCGUUGUUCAGCAUUCGUCCGCUUCAAUGAGUCCUUUUUAAAGCCGAGCUACCAUGAACGGAAGCAGUGGCGUUACGUAAGCAAUCCUUCAAGAUCUUGGCAUUUACUAAGCAGCCAAUUAGAACGCUGUCUAACACAACGGCCCUCACAGGCUAUCUGGUAAUGAAGUCAAAGUUCUCUGCUCAUUGAACAGAAUUUUUUAAAAUUAUUUACUGACCCACAGACAAUUUAAGCCUCAGUCAAUAACGUUUGUUUCCAGUCCUGCUAUUACAAACGUUGCUGCAGCAGUAAAAAGCAAACGCUGUCCUUUACAGCUUCAAAUUUAAACGACUUUCUAUAAUGCGACAAUAAAGAAAGCUUCUGGUAAGGUUUGAGAAACUUCAACUUGACAAAUAUUCAUGAUUGCUAACUUACAACUAGAUCAAUGUUUAACAUUUGACAACACUGUUUAUUGUUUUUCAAGCAAAACGGCUGAGCUUCCACUGAAAAAACUAAGAAGGCCUAAUUCCUCAUUAGGAUAUAUAAUGUCUCACAUAAAUGCAGUUUAAUUCCAAAAGACAAAUGUCUACAUUUACAAUGAGAAAGCUAAUGGUGCAAGAAGUUGUAAAACAUGGUUCACAGAACAAUGCACAAUAUAUUGACAUUAAAAAAAAAAAAAAAAAAAAUCUCAAAUGUCUGCAUGUCACGAUGAGGAUUCCAAACAUGUUCUCUUGAUAUCGCAUGAAUAAAAGUAAUCUAGUCCGAGUCCAUGUCACUGUCUCCUCCGAUGGAUCUGAAUUCUUCGCUCUCCUCAUCCUCACUGAGCUGAACCUGAGAAAGUACGGCCGGACCUCUCCUCCGUGCUUCCUCUUCGUCGUCUUCCUCCUCCUCCUCGCUGUUGCCGUCCUCUUGUCUGUUUCCUCGUAGCUGCCAUGGCUGACGUGCGUCGGGGGGAGAAAAGAAAAUCAUUAGCGACUCGAGCGGAACCAUUUUCUGGAGCGCUUAUCGUCAUGAAGGUUCCGGGUGAGCCGGGUCCCAUCCCAGGUGGACUUGGAGCGAGAGGCGGGCACGCGCUGGACUGGUUGCCGGACA